AUGUUACUGGUGAAGGCUGAAAAGGAUUGUACUCGCACAUCAAACAAAGAUAUAAGCUUGGAUUGUGGUGAGACACUCCCACUAGUGAAACGCCUUGGCUGUUUCAAAGCACAGUCGCAUUCCUCUCUUCUGAACGAGUUAWUUCUAACCGAUCGUGAUCCAAGCUCAGCAAAUUACAGUGGGACCCCAGUACAGUGGAGMAACUGGAAUCCCUAUCUAUYUGACAUAGCCCGUAGGUGUUCUGAACAGGCUAAGGAAUUAGGAUAUGACAUCUUUGGGAUCGAAUUCUACGGUGAAUGUUGGAGUGGUUUCAAAGCCACACCUGAGUCGUUUGAUGAAGGYAGUCGAUCCACUCAUUGUAUUGGCAAAAACUACGAAGAKUGUGGCGAGAAUGAAYAGUACUGUGUUGGAAAAGAAGAUGUAAUCUUUGUUUACGAACGUCUAGAGAAAGCCGAUGAGCUCAAUCCGUACAUGAAUUAUCUCUUCAAUCCGCGUCUCACCUUCACUGGAACGUUCAGUGCAGAUGUAGCAACUGUUAACAACAUACCAAGUAAUUACGACACGGUUAAUUUUGUCCCAUCAAACUACUUAAAGCGAACCAGGACAUGGAACUCUCGAGGAAGUGGAGAAUGGGACGUGAGGAACGCCACUGUUACGCAAGUCUGUUAUUUCAAUGGGACUUGUGUGGCAGAAACCAAAGCCGACCCAAUCGUGGACGCAGACGUUUUGGAUGGAGGAAACGGCACAUUGGCCAAACUAGUCGAUCUGGACACGAAUUGCCAACUGUUUUCUGAGAUCUGGGGUUGGAGAAUUCGAAUCGGAAAUUUUUUCUCUGGGAACUUCACACCUGURCCGUUCCAAUAUAUUUGGAGUAAACURGUUAAUCCUAAAACAGUUACAGUUUGUGACUUGGGAUCUGCCUGGCAGUCAGASUUGACUGAUAUAAGAUGGAUAGACGACAGUUCUCCGUUGAUAAAGGAAUGGAAAAGGUUAAUGAAGAGCAGAAAUGUCCAAAGUGAUAAGUUGUCCAUACGUUUCAAUGUCGAUUUGAUGGAGAAUGACCCUAAAAAGAGCAAUUUUUUACAUGGACGCAUAACAGGUUCUAUUGGAUUGCUUGGAAGCAAAUCUCCAAGAUUUUUCACCCAUGGUCGGAUGCUUCAUACCCAGUCAGUCAAAGCUCAAAGUACUCCUUUUAUMGUCGAMAAAACGACAAYGAAAGCCUACAUAGACUUUGGGAACAGUUUCMAAAUAACAGCAGACGGCCAUUUUGCACACUUGAACGACCUCUACGUUGGCUUGUGCCUGGAAAGAAACCAGUCAAGUCGGAAACUGACUUGCCUGGACAAGUUUCACUGGCUUGGCAAAGUUAAUAAAGGCGUUUCCGAUUGGUAUAGAGAUACUUCUGGAAUUCAGUCAUUUCCCACAAAUGAGACAUUUUCAGACAUAGGGAUUGAGCUUGCUGCAGUCCAACCAUUUGUUGUUGUAGAGGUGAUCGGCAAUUGGCCAGACAUCUAUUGUAWAGAGAUUAUACUUGCRGAAGCUGUGGACGGUGUUGAUAUUCACCCAUACGACGACUGGACUAUGCGGGAAGAGCCUGAAAAUACAACCAAAGUUCGACUUCUKGCCACAAAGUUUGGAGAACCUUUGCAAAACGCAAAGGUGCAAUUUGAAUCCGCAGCCUUGGAGAACUGUCCACUUCUCUAUGARAACGAGCCUCCAGUAGGCAAACCGACAAUACCACCACCCAAUGAUGUCUUCACAAAUUCAGAUGGCAUUGCGGAAUUCCAGAUUCCAACAAAUGAUCCCAAAAACGCAAGAAAGUUUAUAGACGGACAKAUCUAUCCAUACGUUUAUUAUCUUGAUUACCAAGGGUCUAAGAGAAAGCAUUACACUGAGAUGUGCGAUUUUAAAAUUCUAAAUCAAAUGAUUGUUAUAGGAAUUUGGGACAAGUACGGUCCUGUAGCAGAACCGACGUGGUUAGAUCAUGUUUAUCCAAUAUUCAAGCUCUACGCCAAUCUUUAUCCAGUCAUGACAGCAAAUAUCAUUGAUCUCGGUAACUAUUAUGAGGUUGUUGAUCGCAAGAAUUCCAUAAUAAUGAGCAUGGAAUUGCCUAUUUCUCACCCCAACUACAUGCCUGUUACAAGAGAUCUUUCACCUUCUAAAAGAAAAGUGAUCUUGGACUGGCUGAAGAAGGACAACCCGCCAAUUGGAGAAUCAAAAGACUUUUACACAGUUGAGAAUCUYCGAAAAGACUUGCAAAUCGCACUACAGUUGGAACAAGCAACUAUUCCUCCAUACUUGACAGCUUAUGCAUCAAUUAAACACAACCAAAACGAGGACGUCAAAAGCAUUUUGAAGUCAAUCUUCAUCCAAGAAAUGAUGCACAUGAAUUUGGUGGCCAACAUUCUGAAUGCUGUAGGAGGCAGUCCUGUCCUAGACUCCAGAGAUUUUGUUCCWUUUUAUCCCACUCRUCUCCCUGGAGGAAUUCAACCUGACUUAGUUGUACCCAUUGAAAAACUCUCCAUCGGUCUCAUCAGAAACGUUUUUAUGGAGAUUGAAAAACCAGGAGUGACAAAAGAAGAAGAAUCAAUCAUCAGACAAUCAGCUCCUACCCCAUAUCCACAAUCACCACCAGGCAGRGCGUUUUUCCCUAGCAAGGAACAUUAUGAUUAUGUGUACGAAAGACAUCACAACACAAUCGSAAAUUUCUACAAUCACAUACGGAACACUUURCGUUACCUCACAAACUGCGGACGGAACAACAGUAUCUUCACAGGCGACGUAAGCAGGCAGGUUACCGCUAACCAGUGGCCAGGACAUGAUCGCACUAUAAAAGUAACUGACUUUGAAUCAGCUGAAAAAGCAAWUGAUUUGAUUGUUGAACAAGGCGAAGGAAGCAGUCCUUGCAAUCCAAUGGUCUGGACCAAUGAGACUGUUAAAUAUCUUUCUCAUUAUUUCCUGUUUUACUCAAUCGCACAAAAGAGAGAGAUUCGGGUGCAURAUAACACAAGUAUAAACCAAGSCAGCAAUGCUGCAAGAAGUGAAGUAGUUGAUUAUACAAAGGAGUGCAAUGGUACAUAUGACUUCWCAGGACCACAGAUUCCAUUCGAUGAGAAUGGUGUGUGGCCAAUGRUACCCAACCCCUCCAUGUCCAAGUUCAAGAAGGGAACCAAAGCUUACUUGAAAGCUGAAAAGUUCAACAAAGUUUACACUAAGAUGCUCAGGUCACUGCAGAAYGUUUUCAAUGGUCAUCCAGAUCGUUUGAAAGAUGCUCUUGGUCUGAUGUUCUCUUUGACACUCCAUCUAAAGGAACUUGUUCAGACACCCAUUGACCCUAAUGGUGACCCAGAUGUUGGACCUAAUGCUGGUCCUCCCUUUCAACUUUGUACUUUAACGAAAGGAGGAGAACUGUGUGACGACAUCCACUGAGCCGAAGUAUAGAUUUYUCAUUAAAAACAACUGAUAAAAACUGAUMSAAAAAUARAAUUGUGAACACAUGGGUAGUUUAUUUCUAUAGUAAAAACCCUACAAGAAAUUAUUGCUCAAUUCUUCGUAUUCACUAAACGUCACACCGGCCAUCUUGGAGGAGCUUCAACAAAGGAUUUCUCAUUAGUAUCUAUAGUUCAUUCCUCCAACAUGGCCGCCGUUCUUUCAUCUUUUGAAUCUCAUGGGAAUGGCUAAAAAGACCAAUUAAUGCUAUGUUCCAAUUAAUGCUAUUUUGUCGAGGAUGUAACAAAUGCACUAUAUAUUACACUCAACUUGCCUUAAAUGGGACAAAACAGUUAUGAAUGAUAAAAUAGUGUUGAUGGAUUAAGAUCAGAUAAGUGUUAUAGAAUUUUAGGGCCAAUUAUUACGGCCAUGGGUUUACCUGAGAUUCGGAGAACUGCGUUCUCGAUGAAGAAAGUACAACCCCAAGCACCUCGUAAUGAAAAAGUUAAAUGUACGACACAACAGAGAACAUAAAUAUUGCCAUUGAAAGUGCCACAAUAA